CUUUUACACGCCUCAGUGCUGCCGCUCCUCUUUUGAGUCUCUGAAUUUUCAUGCACUCUAUUCCGACGCUCUCUCCAAAGUUGUAAGACAGACAGACUAAUAUAAGUAAACAUGGUGCAAUAUAAUUUCAAGAAGAUGCCUGUGGUACCAAAUAGGAAGGACUUCAUUGACAUUAUCCUAUCUCGCACCCAGCGACAGACCCCAACCGUAGUCCACAAGGGUUCUGCCAUUUCCAGCCUCCGGAAGUUCUAUAUGCGAAAAGUCAAAUGUACCGAACAGAAUUUUCAUGAGAAGCUCUCUACAAUCAUUGAUGGGUUUCCCAGGUUGGAUGAUGUGCACCCAUUCUAUGGUGACCUCCUUCAUGUUCUCUACAACAAAGACCACUACAAGCUUGCACUUGGUCAAGUCAAUACUGCAAGGAACCUUAUUGGAAAGAUUUCUAAUGAUUAUAUGAAAUUGUUGAAGUAUGGUGAUUCACUUUACCGCUGUAAGUGUCUCAAGGUUGCUGCUCUUGGUCGCAUGUGCACGGUUGUAAAGAGGAUUGGCCCUAGUUUAGCUUACCUAGAACAGAUUAGGCAACACAUAUCAAGACUACCUUCAAUUGACCCAAAUAUCCAUACUAUACUGAUUUGUGGCUAUCCGAAUGUUGGAAAGAGCUCAUUCAUUAACAAGAUCACUAGGGCUGAUGUGGAUGUCCAGCCGUAUGCUUUUACCACAAAGUCACUCUUUGUGGGACAAACAGAUUACAAAUUCUUGAGGUACCAGGUAAUUGAUACACCAGGGAUUUUGGACCGACCAUUUGAAGAUCGUAACAUUAUUGAGAUGUGCAGCAUCACAGCGUUGGCGCAUUUGAGAGCUGCUGCUGUGUUGUUCUUCUUGGACAUCUCGGGGUCUUGUGGGUACAGCAUUGCCCAGCAGGCAGCUCUGUUUCACAGCAUUAAAUCUCUAUUUAUGAACAAACCAUUGAUAAUAGUCUGCAACAAGACUGAUUUGCAGCCAUUGGAGGGUAUAUCUGAGGAAGACAUGAAGUUGGUUAUGGAGAUGAAAUCUGAAGCAAUGAAGACAGUGAUUGGUCUAGGAGGUGAGGCUACAAGUGAUGAGGGGGUACUCUUAACCAUGAGCACUUUGACUGAGGAUGGGGUGAUUUCUGUAAAGAAUACAGCUUGUGAGAGGUUAUUGAAUCAGAGAGUGGAUUUGAAGAUGAAAUCCCAAAAGAUAAAUGACUUCGUAAAUCGUUUUCAUGUUGCAAUGCCACAGCCACGUGACCAGAAGGAAAGGCCUCCAUGUAUACCUCAAUCAGUUCCAGAAGCUAAGGCCAAGCAAGCAGGGGACAAGGAAAAGAGAAACACGGAAAAGGAUUUGGAGAAUGAGAAUGGUGGUGCAGGUGUGUACUCUGCUAAUUUGAAGAAGAAUUAUAUCUUAGCUAAUGAUGAAUGGAAAGAGGAUGUCAUGCCAGAAAUUCUUGAUGGGCACAAUGUGUAUGACUUUGUUGAUCCUGACAUUGUGCAUAGGCUUGAGGAGUUGAAACGAGAGGCAGAGGAGGGCGAUGAUGAGUUUGAGAUGGAUGACAUGGAAUUGACUCCAGAAGAGCAAAAGACAUUGGUCGAGAUAAGGAAAAAGAAAAGCUUGCUCAUUCAACAACAUAGGAUGAAGAAAAGUACGGCUGAGAGUAGACCAACUGUACCAAGGAAAUUUGACAAGGACAGGAAGUUCACGUCAAAGAGAAUGGGGAGGCAGCUAUCAGAUUUGGGGCUUGAUGCUAGAAUGGCAAUUAACCGAGCCCGCAGCAGAUCUGUCCCUAGGAGGGGCCGGAAGAGGGAGAGAUCAGUUGACAGGGGUGAUCCUGGCUUUGGGGAUGCCAUGGAUAUGGAUGUGGAUACACCCAACAAGAAGCUGCGAAUGAUUUCUAGAUCCCGUUCGAGGUCAAGAUCAAGGCCUCCAAGUGAAGUUGUCCCUGGUGAGGGCUUCAAGGACUCUUCUCAAAAGUCCCAGGCGCUAAGAAAGGCCAAAAAAUCUGUUAAGAAGAGAAACAAGGAUGCUCGCUGCGGAGAGGCAGAUAGAGUGAUUCCCACUUUAAAACCAAAGCACUUGUUCUCUGGAAAACGAUCAAUUGGAAAAACCCAAAGGCGCUGAGAUAUUUGGAGGGAAGUAAGUUUAUGCUUUUUUGUAUUCUGCACCAUGGAGUUUACAUGCGGUUGAAAGAGUUGGUUCGUUUUUGGUCCAGCAGGCGUUUGCAGUAUGCAAGAUCAUGUGCAUGAGGUCUAAUAAUUUCCUUAGUUCUUAAUUGUUUUUGUUAAGGCAAUUUUGGAUCCUAGAUAUGCCUAGUUACAAUAUUUUUGAGUAACGUCCAACUCAACCAUCUCAUCUUUCCAAAGGCAAUUACUCUAGUCCUCAGAAAGAUGUCAUGAAUCUCAUUUUAUUCCCUAGAACUAGAAGUGAUAUUGAUGUCCUGCUUUACUCAAGUUCGUUAGAAUUUCUGUUCAAGAUGCUGACUUGGCACGCAAGAGACUCAUUUUGUUCCUUA